AGGGUUGGUGUCCUAGGUGGGCGGCGACGGAGAUUGACAGCACGAGACCUGUAGUUGAGUUGGAGCCCAGGCUGGUUUUGUGAGACGGAGUGCGGCAAAACAAAACACAUAUCAGAGUUGGAAAAGGCGGAUUUUGGCAUAAACUUGUAUGUGAAUGGUUUGGUUGGAAAUGGAGACAGGAAAUGAGGAAGACAUGGAUUUUGAAGGGUGGACGCCAGUGGGAAGAGGGAGAGGACGGGGAAGGCAUAAAACAGAUGAAGGAAAGGAAAUGGGUGAUAAUCAAGGAAAUAAACGAGAACUGGAAGGAAGUAGUUCCGAAGAAGAAAGGAUAGUUAGGAGGAAAGUUGUGAGGGAGGAAUUUAAAAUAAUAUUAAAACUUAAGAAUGAAGAAGAACAGGAUAACAUCAGCCCCAUUGUGGUGUCAAGAGAAAUAAAAAAGAAAAUUGGAGAUGUUGAAAUGGUAAAGAUUUUGAGAGAUGGAAACCUAUUGGUAGUUUGUAAAAAUGAAGAACAAAAAAAUAAGGCUUUAAAUGUGGAUAAUAUAUGUAAAAAAACUGUGUUGGAGAAAAAAAUUGUGGGAGAAAAUAAAAAAACUAGAGGAGUGAUUUAUGGGAUCCCUCUAGAUGAAGAUCUUGAUCAAAUUAAGCGAAGUAUUGUAGGAGCAAAAGCAAAUAACUUGAAGAGAUUGUCAAGAACAAUAAAUGGAGAAAGAGUAGGAAGUUUGUCAAUCCUCAUUGAAUUUGAAGGGAAAGAAUUGCCACAAAACAUCAAAAUAGGUUAUCUUAGUUUUCAGGUCAGACCUUAUAUCCCUCCACCACUUCGUUGUUUCAAGUGUCAAAGAUAUGGACACAUAGCAGCAGUUUGUAAAGGGAAACAAAGAUGUCCAAAAUGUGGUGAAGAUCACAAAUUAGAAGAGUGUAAAGAAGAAGCACAAGAAAAAUGUUGUAACUGUGGAGGGCAACAUAGAGUUACGUAUGGAGGAUGUGAGGUAAGGAAGAAGGCAAAAGAAAUUAUACAGAUUAAAACAACUAAAAACAUUAGUUAUGCGGAAACUGUUAAAAAUGUGAAGGAGCAGACAACAAGAAAGAGUGAACAAAUAGCGAGCCAAAUCCCACAGCAAAACAAGGUACAAUCAGAAGAUAAUAUCACAGUAUCAGUAGAAAAACUAAUAUUAUUUGUAGCAUAUGUUAUCAACUGCACUGACCAAGCCAAGCAUAAAACUGAGAAAAUUAAAAUAAUAGUGAGAGGAGCUGAAAAGUUUUGGGUGUUUAAAGAGGGAUCAUGGGAAAACAUAAACAAAAAGCUGGAGGUAGAUGGUAGAUCAGGACCAACAGGUGAAAAUAAUUAA